AUGAAUGACAUUUAUGAGCACGUCAGACAAUCGGGCCAGCAAAUGUCUGAAAAGAUGAAAACCCGGUAUGACCGCAAAAUGAACAACAAAGGGUUCGACGAAGGUUCACUAGUGUUGUUGCACAAUCCAGUCCGCAGCAAAGGGAAAUCUCCUAAGCUUCAAGCUAAAUGGGACGGCCCGUACCGGAUUGUAACCAGGAUCAACGAUGUAAGCUACCGAAUACAGAAAGGCGCAAGAGGGACUCCUAAGAUCGUCCAUGUGGGAUGCCUGGCGCGUUAUUAUGCGGCCGAUAAUGCUCGGGACGAGCAUGUCUUAGGAGGGGGCAGUGUUGCGCGCCUAAGUUGA